AUGAAUUCAGAUAAUCCACAUAUAAAUUUAAAUGAAAAAGAGAAAUUAGGUGAAAAUGGAAAUGAAAAAAAAAUUGAGAAAAAUACAUCAAAUAAAUUAACGAAAAAUAAUUAUCAUAUUGAUGUAAAUGAAAAGAAUGAUUCAAAUAAUAAAAUAGCUAUAGAACAAAAAUAUGUAGAAACUAAGGAAAAUGAGAUUGAUAAUGGUAAUCGAGGAAUUUUAAAUUAUGAAGACAACUUGGAAAAAGAAAUAAUUGGAAAGCUUUCUAAAUCACAACAAUCUCCAGAUGAAAUUAUUGAAAAUGCAAAAAUUUCCGAUAGUGAUGCAUAUUAUACGGCAUUAUUAAAAGCAGAAGAAGAAUGCAAAUCAACAGGUAACAAUUAUUAUGCAACAGAAAGCAUAGAAAACUUAUGUAAAGAAUUUGGCUUAAAGGAUAUUAGUUAUGGUCUUGAUUCAGAACAAGUAAAAAUAAACAAGGAAAAAUAUGGAGAAAAUUUCAUUGAAAAAGAACAAGUAGUACCUAUAUGGAAAAUUUUUUUAUCUCAAUACUGGAGUCCAGUUGUUAUUUUAUUGUUAAUUGCUUCUGUGGCUAGUCUUGCUUUAAAUGAAAUUGUUGAAGGAAUAGCCAUUAUAAGCAUUGUUACAUUAAAUGCUUGUUUAGCUACAUAUAUGGAAAAGUCCUCAGGUGAUGCUAUAGCUAAAUUAGCAGAAAUGGCUUCCCCUCAAUGUAUAGUUCUAAGAGAUGGACAAAAGAUGGUUAUUCCAUCAAAAGAAGUUGUAGUUGGUGAUGUUGUUAUUAUAAAUACAGGUGAUUCUAUAUCAGCAGAUUUAAGACUUUUUGAAGUUAUUGAAUUAAAGACUAAUGAAAGUUUAUUAACUGGAGAAUCAGAAGACAUAAAAAAAACAUUGGUAGCUGUUGAUCCAACAACUCCAUUUGCAACAAACUUAUGUUUUGCUACAACUUCAGUUACAAAUGGGUGUGGUAAAGGUAUCGUUAUAUCCACAGGAUUAGAAACUCAAGUGGGAAAAAUCGCAUCUCAAUUAAAAAGAACAAGCAAAGGUAGUAAAUUAACACCAUUACAAGUGGCAUUAAAUAAAUUAGGAGGUUUAAUAGGUUUAAUAGCUAUUAUUGUACUUAUAGGAAUUAUCGUUUUAGCAGUUCUCAUUAAAUAUAGAGAUCCUGCACAUGCAGACAAAGAUCCAACCUUUGUUAUUAUAAUUAUAGGAGUAGGUUUUGCUGUAUCAUCCAUUCCUGAAGGUUUACCUAUGGUUGUAACUAUUACUUUAUCUGCGGGAGCUAAAGAUAUGGUUAAAAAGAAUGCAAAUGUUAGGAAAUUACCAGCUGUUGAAACAUUAGGGUGUUGUUCUGUUAUAUGUUCGGAUAAAACAGGAACAUUAACGGAAGGAAAAAUGACAGCCAUUAAUGCAGUUAUUAUAUGCAAAAGUUCUUCUUUAAGUGAUGAUAAUAACACAUUAACAAAAACGUUUGAUUUUUAUCCAACGAAAGGAUUUGAACCAUACGGUGGUUUAUUUGAUUCAAAAGAAUUGACUAAUGAAAAAAAAAAAAAUAUUGUAAUUGCCAAAAAUCAAAAUAUAUCAUAUGAUACUGUUCUAUACAAUUAUGGAAAUGUUGCAAAUAAAUCAGUAAUUGUAGAUAAAGUAAGAUCUUUAAUGCUUGCUGCAUAUUUAAAUUCCUAUGAUACUACAUUAACAAAAGAUUCUAAAACAUCUAAGUGGUCCAUACAAGGAAAUAUGAGUGAAGGUCCAAUUGUAGUUGCUGCAGCUAAAGUAGGAUUUUGUUUUAAUAACACAUCUAACAACUCAUAUCUUAAAGAAUAUGUCAGAUUAGAUAAUUUAGAGAUUACAUUCAAUUCAUCACGUAAAAUGAAAGUUACUUUUUAUAAAUUAAGAAAAGAAAAUGUUUUUGAAAAUAUAUAUCUUGAAGAUUCUAAUAAAACAUUUACUCAUAUAGCUUUAAUUAAAGGUGCACCUGAUAAAUUACUUGAUAGAAGUACACAUUUGCUAAAAGAAACAAAAACAAAAACUUAUGUUUCAUGGAAAGAAAAAAUUACUGAAGAUGAAAAAAAUAUAUUAACAAAAAAAAAUUUGGAAUUGUCAAAAAAAGCAUUAAGAGUUUUAGCAAUAUGUAUAAAACCAUUAACAGAAGAAAACAUAGAGUAUUUAAAAAAAUUGAGUGAUGCAGAAGAAAGAUUAAAUUUUGUUAAUCAUGAUGAAAAUGGUGGAUUUAUACCUUUAGGUUAUAUAGCAUCUUUUGAUCCACCAAGACCAGGAGUAAAAGAAGCAAUUCAAACUUGUAGAGAAGCUAAAGUGAAAGUAAUAAUGAUUACUGGAGAUCAAAAACCUACAGCUGUUGCUAUUGGAAAAUUAAUAGGUUUAAUAAGUGAAAAUCCAGAAGAAGGAACAGAUUAUAAUGUUGCAGCUAUAGAAUGUUCUGAACUUCAUAUUAAUAAAAAUUCAAAUGAACCUGUAUUACCAGACGAACAAUUGGAUGAAUUUACCGAUAAAAUUUUAAUAUAUUCAAGAGCACAACCAGAAGAUAAAAUUACUAUUGUUCAAUCUUUAAAAAGAAAAGGUUAUUUAGUUGCAAUGACAGGUGAUGGUGUUAAUGACGCACCCGCUUUAAAAGCUGCAGAUAUAGGAGUAGCUAUGGGAAUAAACGGAACUGAAGUAGCUAAAGGAGCUUCAGAAAUGAUUUUAAUAGAUGAUAAUUUUUGCACUGUUGUUAGUGCUAUUGAUGUGGGAAGAACUAUUUAUUCAAAUAUACAAAAAUUUGUCUGUUUUUUGCUUGGUACAAAUAUUGGUGAAAUAAUUUAUCUAUCUGUCGCUAUAGCUGCACAAAUGCCCUUUCCUUUAGAAGCCUUGCAAAUUUUAUUUUUGAAUCUCAUGACAGACGGAUGUCCAGCUGUUGCCUUGUCAAGAGAACCACCAAAUGAUGAUAAUAUGAAAGUACCUCCUAGACCUAAAAAACAGCCAAUUAUGACCAAAGUUUGGUGGUUUUAUGGAAUUAUACCGCAUACCAUCUUUGAAGCUUUAUGCGUAUUGUUAUCACUAGCUAUAUCAUUAUAUUUGUGUACAGGAGCUUUUACGUUAAAUGGAAUUAACAAUUCAUGUAAAACAGUUAAUAUUCCUGAUGUUAAUGUUGGUACAAAGUUUCAUGAAUACAAGUAUUUUUGUAGUACGUAUGAAUAUAGGAUAUCAUCUAAUUAUGUUGGAUGGGUAACAAACAUAAAUUUUUGGGAUCCAACAGAAAAUAAAACUGUAACAUUUUGGGGGGCAGCAAAAGGAAGAAUAAAAAAUAUAACCCCAAAAUCUAAAGAAAUUCACCCAAAUAUAAGAAUCAUAAUGAAAAAUGGAUGUUCUGGUAACGUAAAAGAAGAUUCACUUGGUUGGUGUAUGCCAUUAGAUAGUGCAAGAGCCACAGGAAAAGAUGAUGAAAUUCCAGGUAUAUUAAAGAAGGGAUUUGAAGAUAUAGCAUCCAGAGGUUCUAAACGUGGUAGAACUAUGGCUUUUAUAUCGGCUGUUUGGUGUGAAAUGCUAAGAGCUUAUACAGUUAGGAGUUGGGAGCCAUUUUAUUCUGUAUUUAAUAGAAAUAUGUGGAUGCAUUUGGCUUGUAGUAUAUCUGCAACAUUAACUUUUCUUUCAACAUGUAUACCUGGUAUUACUUCUGUUUUAAAUACAACUUGCUUGUUAUGGUGGCAGUAUAUUUUAGCAAUAUUAUGGGCCUUUUUAAAUUUAAUUCUAGAUGAAAUAAUACCAAAAGUUUUAUAUAGAAGAAAAUAUAUGACUAUCAAAAAUUAG